AUGGAGGUAAUUGAAAAACAGUCAUAUCCCUCUCCUUCCACUACCAGCAGUUCUGGAAGGAAAUCAAUUCAUGUACCAAACUUUAUCGAUUCUUCCUCAUCAAUUGAAAAUAAUAAGAAUUCAAUACCAGCCUAUGCUUCUCCAAAAUCCAUUCGACAAUUGAGAGAUUCCUUUGCUUCUUCAUCUCCUAGUAAGAGCCCACUAGCAAUUCAAACAAAAACCAAUAGUUGUACCUCUGUAUUUCCUCAGAUAAAAGUUUCCAAUUCUAUGGAUGAAGAUCAUCACCCCUUAGAGGAAAGUAAGAGUUUGAGUUGGAAAGGACAACUCAACACUCCAACAACCAAAAACAAAUCCAAAGCCACUUCUCCUCUCAGUAUAUUCCCAGAGAGUUGUGUUGAUAUGCUAAAUGUUGCAACCUCACCAACGGGAGGGAGAAGAUUCUCUGAUAAUGCUCCAUUCUUCUUUCAAUCUGUUUCAGAUUCUAAUAACGAUGAUGAUAAUUAUAGACCUGGAUGUUUAUCCUCUCCAAAGAGAAGAGCCAUUGCAAAACAAUUUGAGGAUGUUUCUUCUCCAACGACCUCAUCAACAAAUUUUGCUGAAAUCAGAACUAGAAAACGUGGAAGCACUCUUCCAGUGGCCUAUCAACCAAAAAUUCACAAAUUGGUGCCCAAACAUUGUCAAAAGACAGUUUUUGAAAUUAUAUUUCACAGAGAUUUAUUCAUUGAGGUUUCCGAGUUUUUAGAGUGGAAGGACUUGUUGAGCUUGACUCAUUCGUGUGCUUUGCUAUUUGAUAUGGGAGCAACACAUUCAUUCGUAUGGAAACACAAGAUUUUAUCAACACACAAACUUUUGAAUACCAAAUUGGAUAAGAUUGAGGAGAGUAUUAGAGAAAAGGCAGCCCUAGCAAGUCAGUAUUGUCACUUUGAAACUUUUAGAGAUGUAUACGAUUCGCUUUCUGUGGCUGCAGAAAAUAAGAGUAUUAAAUGUUUCGAGCAAUUGUUUGAGAUUAUGCACAUUGAGGGCUCUCAAUACAGCAAGAAGAGUAGAAGAGAGUGCAAUGAAAAGUGGAAUCAAAUCAAUCAGUUACUCUCGAAAGGAGAGAAUGGACAACAUAGAGAAAUAUCGAUGGAAGAAUUGAAUCGUAGCCUCUUUCCUUUCCCUUCACCAACUUAUCCACUACCUGAUGAGAGCGAGCUCAAUCAAUUCCAAUCUCCAAUUACCACAAAUUCUAUGGCUCAUCUCAUUGAAAAAACCUCCUCCAUUUAUGAAAAUAUCAGAUAUCCAAUGGAUUGGAAGGGAAUUGUAGAAUAUUUCUAUAGUGCAGAGUCAUUCUAUGAUGCAUGUUUGGCAGAUUUUUCAAAAAUCAAAAAGACUUAUGAAUAUUUCCACCUAUCUUUCAAGCCCUAUCCAGAGCUCUUGAUCAUGAACUCUCACUAUUUGAAUUAUAAUGAGAAUGCUAAACCAUCAGUGUUUACUAGUCCAGUGAGAGCAUUUGUAGGGUGGUCCUUCUUUUAUGGUAAAUUCCUGGAAGUUAAUAUUGACCUCGUCUCUCAGAGACAAUACAUUCUCCAAGAACGAAACCAUUUAGAGGGUGUGGUAUUGCCUUUCAUUUUCAAAAAACUGGAACGAGAUAAUAGUAAUUGA